GGGGGGGGAGGUGUGCCCUGGGAUAUGGGGCAUAAGUUGGGGCGUUGAGGGGCUGCAGGGUUUGAGCUGCACCCAGUACAGGUUUGGGAGCUAAUAAAUGGCGCAGGCUCAGUGUCAGCCGGUGUGCUCUGUGCCCAUGCUAUCGCUCCCAGCUCCCUGCGCUUUCUCUAGACUCUUUCUCUUAGCUCCUGUGCCCUUUCCUGUGCCUAGCUGUUUAGACCUGAAGUGCUUUCCAGGCCCGUAUGUCCAGGAUGCCUGAGGAGCAGAGAACCAGCAGGAAGCUCGAGUGCCAUAGAGUUUACAGCGAGUGAGGCAGAGAAGGAGCCACAUGCCCCGGCCAUCAGCCCGGGCUCGCAAGGCCUCCCUCCCAAUAAAGUCCCUCAUGUUUUCUGGUAUAUCUGUGUUCUGGGGUGCCCAGAUACACCCCGAGUACAGAGGUCUUGAAAGCUAACGCCUACUUGGAAGAUGUGCUCAGAGCCCAAUUGCGUUUGGCUAUACAUCGUUUCCUAAUGGGGGUCAUCUCAGCAGAUGCUGGACUUAGUUGUUGUGAGGCUAUCAGGGAGGGUGUUUCACUGUUCAUUAACCCACACCUGAGCCCUUUCCUGUCUCUUCCAGUGUCUCUUCCAAUCUCACAUGGGGGUCUUGCUCUGUUCCAGCCUGCUGGCUUCUACAGGUAGACCAGAUGGCCCAGACAAAUACAUUUAUAGAUGUCAUGUUAUAUGUCCUAUAUCCAGGGUGUAGGUACUGGUGUGUCCUCUCUGUCUGUCUGUCCGUCCAUUCAUUCUUUUCCCUUUGGAGUGCUCUGGACACACACAUUUAUGCCAACUGCUUGUGGAGAGUUUUGGUUAUAUGCUAGUGUGGGCAAAGCUUCAUGUAGGUGUCAGUGGCUGGGGAACCCCACUGAGGGCCAGAUGGACACUGAUUAAGGUCAUUGACAGUCCUGGGUCUCAGAGCUCCGCCGUCUAUAUAGCUUUUUACUUUUGAGCAGAGGAUAGGAAGGGAAAGAGGCUGAGGCAGGGUCACAGUGCGGCCUAAGGACAGAGGUGGGUUCGGGGGAUGGACAGCUGAGGGCUGUUUGCAGCUGGGUUUUGAGAACAUCUGCAGAUACCCAGUGGCUUAUGCUGAGACAGCAGCUGUCUGAAUGUGAAUCUGGAUUCAAAUACCUCGGAGUCCUCAGGACAGGUGAAGCCAUCAGACACUUGCUGUGUACUUGGCCCUCUGGCGUCUGGAGGGUAGGCUAUCUCCGCGUAGCUGCCUCUAGUCUCCGUCUCUCCACACUGGUUUCUGUAUUGGCUCCUUUCCCUCUUCUGUCACCUGGGCUUCUUUAUUUCUCUGUAGAUGGGAGGCAAGACUGGUGGCCACUGAGGGUACAAGCUAAGAUGCUGAAAAGUCAUAUACAGACAAUCUGUGUCCUGUACUCUCACAGUUGUGCAAGAAGCUGGCCAGUAUGUAUUCUCACAGCCCCCGGGUUCUGGCAAGGGGUUAGUCCUGGGGACAAAAUGGGAGUGGGAUGGAGAGAGGAUGGUAGAUCAAUGGGUCACACACAGCAUCUGUCUGCAGCCAGCAACUGUAGCCACAGUUCAGCCGCACGAGCGCUGAAGAGAGCAGGAGGAACAGCUUGGAGACCUGGUGUCCGAGAAGUGAUGUUCAGUGCAGGGAGGGGCAGAAGUGUGUGGUUAGUUUUUGCCCCUUGGCACUCCCUCCUGUUUGCCUGCUGGAGCAGCUGAGUGAAGGGCGAUUGGCAUCAGAGGACGGCCCAGGGAAACCCUGUAGAAAUGAAUACCUUUGUUUUCCUUAGGUUUGUUUUGGUUUUUGGUUUUAGUUUUUCAAGACAGGGUUUAUCUGUGUAGCCCUGGCUGUCCCAAACUCUCUUUGUAGACCAGGCUGGCCUUGAACUCAGAGAUCCUCCUGCCUCUGCCACCCUAGUGCUGGAAUUAAAGGUGUAGGCCACCAUCUAGCUUCGUCAUAGUUUCAUCAGUGAGAAGGAAACAGGUGAAUUCUGUCAUUUUGGCUCCCAUGAACAGCACUGAAGUGAUGCUGCCCACAGGUGUGUUUGGCAUUCAAAUUGAGUUUUCUUCUGACAUUCCCACCAGGAGGGCUUCGGGGUCUGAUGGGAGUUCAGCUUUCUUUACUUUCACUUGAGUUUGUCUUUCAGCUUGCUCACCAUGCCCGGCUUGUUUUCUUUAGCUGUCACCUGAGGAAAACUGACAGCUUUUUUUGUGGCCUCUUGGAAGGAGAGCCAGGGAGGGACGGUUUGUACCGACAGACCAGGGGUCAUUAACAGCUGGCUUCUUAGGGCGAAGCCUUGUGGUAACUCCCUUCCAGACCUACUUCGUGGGCCAGCUUUUAUCUUCCUUUUGGAAAAUAAAAGAAGCCAACUGAUCUCUGCAGUCACGAGAUGCAGAACCACAGGCCACACACCAGGGCAUGUGGAGACUAUAGAAAUUUGUCUAGUUUCACUGGUCUGGGCUCUCAUUCAGGGAACUGGUGAAUGGUAAUGCUAAGGAGACACAUGAGUCCCCAUUAGGAAUGGGCUCUGAUGGCUCUCAGAUGCAUGCGUGCUUGUAAACUGUCCAAAGGCUCUGCUAGGUGAUAGAUAGAGCUCUGGAAGCUUGGAGAGAUGUCCAGACAAAGGGAUGUCCAGACAAAUAGAUGAAGACUCCACAGAGGAAGCAGGUGGAUCUGGAGCUGUGGAAGAUGGAGUCCUCGGACCGGAGAAGACCUGGCUCUGAGCAAGAGGAGGGCUUUGGGGUGCAGUCCAGGAGGGCCACCGAUCUGGGCAUGGUCGCCAAUCUCCGGCGAAGCAAUAGCAGCCUUUACAAGAGCAGGAGGCUUCUGUGCCCCUUCAGCAGUGAGAAGCAAGAAAACCUUAGCUCAUGGAUUCCUGAAAACAUCAAGAAGAAGGAAUGUGUGUAUUUUGUGGAAAGUUCCAAACUCUCUGAUGCAGGGAAGGUCGUGUGUGCAUGUGGUUACACCCACGAACAGCACUUGGAGGUGGCCAUCAAGCCCCACAGCUUCCAGGGCAAGGAGUGGGACCCAAAGAAGCACGUCCACGAGAUGCCGACAGAUGCCUUUGGCGACAUUGUUUUCACGGGCCUGAGCCAGAAAGUGGGGAAGUAUGUCCGGGUCUCCCAGGACACACCCUCCGUUGUCAUCUACCAACUCAUGACCCAGCACUGGGGCCUGGAUGUCCCCAACCUCCUCAUCUCGGUUACUGGUGGGGCCAAGAACUUCAACAUGAAGCUGAGGCUGAAGAGCAUCUUCCGGAGAGGCCUGGUCAAGGUGGCCCAAACCACAGGGGCCUGGAUCAUCACUGGGGGGUCCCACACGGGGGUGAUGAAGCAGGUGGGUGAGGCAGUACGAGACUUCAGCCUGAGCAGCAGUUGCAAAGAAGGAGAAGUCAUCACCAUUGGUGUAGCCACAUGGGGUACCAUCCACAACCGUGAGGGGCUGAUCCAUCCCACGGGAGGCUUCCCCGCUGAGUACAUGCUGGAUGAGGAAGGCCAAGGGAAUCUGACCUGCCUAGACAGCAACCACUCCCACUUCAUCCUGGUGGAUGAUGGGACCCAUGGGCAGUACGGUGUGGAGAUUCCGCUGAGGACUAAGCUGGAGAAGUUCAUAUCGGAGCAAACAAAGGAAAGGGGAGGUGUGGCCAUCAGGAUCCCCAUUGUCUGCGUGGUGUUGGAGGGUGGCCCUGGCACCCUGCAUACCAUCUACAAUGCCAUCACCAACGGCACACCCUGUGUGAUAGUGGAGGGCUCCGGCCGAGUGGCUGACGUCAUCGCACAGGUGGCCGCUCUGCCCGUCUCCGAGAUCACCAUCUCCUUGAUCCAACAGAAGCUCAGCAUCUUCUUCCAGGAGAUGUUUGAGACUUUCACUGAAAACCAGAUCGUGGAAUGGACCAAAAAGAUCCAAGACAUUGUCCGGAGGCGACAGCUGCUGACGAUCUUCCGGGAAGGCAAGGAUGGUCAGCAAGAUGUGGAUGUGGCCAUUCUGCAGGCUUUACUAAAAGCCUCUCGAAGCCUCGACCACUUCGGCCACGAGAACUGGGACCAUCAGCUGAAGCUGGCGGUGGCGUGGAACCGUGUGGAUAUCGCUCGCAGUGAGAUCUUCACCGAUGAGUGGCAGUGGAAGCCUUCAGAUCUGCACCCCAUGAUGACAGCCGCCCUCAUCUCUAACAAGCCUGAGUUUGUGAGGCUCUUUCUGGAGAAUGGGGUGCGGCUGAAGGAGUUUGUCACUUGGGACACUCUAGCCUGCUUGUACGAGAAUCUGGAGCCGUCCUGCCUCUUCCACAGCAAGCUGCAGAAGGUGCUGGCCGAAGAGCAUGAACGCCUGGCCUGUGGACCCACUGCCCCCCGGCUGCACAUGCACCACGUGGCCCAGGUGCUACGUGAACUCCUGGGGGACUCCACGCAGCUGCUGUACCCCCGGCCCCGGUACAGUGACCGGCCACGGCUCUCACUACCCAUGCCACACAUCAAACUCAAUGUACAAGGAGUGAGCCUCCGGUCCCUCUAUAAGAGAUCAACAGACCAUCUUACCUUCACCAUUGACCCGGUCCGCGACCUUCUCAUUUGGGCCGUCAUCCAGAACCACAGGGAGCUGGCAGGCAUCAUCUGGGCUCAGAGCCAGGACUGUACUGCAGCAGCACUGGCCUGUAGCAAGAUCCUGAAGGAGCUGUCCAAGGAGGAGGAAGAUACAGACAGCUCAGAGGAGAUGCUGGCACUGGCGGACGAGUUUGAACACAGAGCUAUAGGUGUCUUCACUGAGUGCUACCGGAAGGAUGAGGAAAGAGCCCAGAAGCUGCUUGUCCGUGUGUCCGAGGCCUGGGGGAAGACCACCUGCCUGCAGCUGGCCCUUGAGGCCAAGGACAUGAAAUUUGUGUCUCAUGGAGGCAUCCAGGCUUUCCUGACCAAGGUGUGGUGGGGCCAGCUCUGUGUGGACAAUGGCUUGUGGAGGAUCAUCCUGUGCAUGCUGGUCUUCCCACUGCUCUUCACCGGCUUCAUCUCUUUCAGGGAAAAGAGGCUGCAGGCACUGUGUCGCCCAGCCCGCGUCCGUGCCUUCUUUAAUGCCCCCGUGGUCAUCUUUCAUCUGAAUAUCCUGUCCUACUUCGCCUUUCUCUGUCUGUUUGCCUAUGUGCUCAUGGUGGACUUCCAGCCCUCGCCAUCCUGGUGCGAGUACCUCAUCUACCUGUGGCUCUUCUCCCUGGUGUGCGAGGAGAUGCGGCAGCUCUUCUACGAUCCCGAUGGCUGCGGGCUGAUGAAGAAGGCAUCCCUGUACUUCAGUGACUUCUGGAACAAGCUGGACAUUGGGGCCAUCCUGCUCUUCAUAGCAGGACUGACCUGCCGGCUCAUCCCAGCGACACUGUACCCCGGGCGUAUCAUCCUGUCUUUGGACUUCAUCAUGUUCUGCCUCCGCCUCAUGCACAUCUUCACAAUCAGCAAGACGCUGGGGCCCAAGAUAAUCAUCGUGAAACGGAUGAUGAAGGACGUCUUCUUCUUCCUCUUCCUCCUGGCGGUGUGGGUGGUGUCCUUCGGAGUGGCCAAGCAGGCCAUCCUCAUCCAUAACGAGAGCCGAGUGGACUGGAUCUUCCGAGGGGUCGUCUACCAUUCUUACCUGACCAUCUUUGGGCAGAUCCCAACCUACAUCGAUGGUGUAAAUUUCAGCAUGGACCAGUGCAGCCCCAAUGGCACGGACCCCUACAAGCCCAAGUGUCCGGAGAGCGACUGGACAGGGAAAGUGCCUGCCUUCCCCGAGUGGCUCACAGUCACCCUGCUCUGCCUCUACCUGCUAUUCACCAACAUCCUGCUGCUUAACUUGCUCAUCGCCAUGUUCAACUAUACAUUCCAGGAGGUACAGGAGCACACGGACCAGAUCUGGAAGUUCCAGCGCCACGACCUGAUUGAGGAGUACCACGGCCGGCCCCCGGCCCCUCCACCCCUCAUCCUCCUCAGCCACCUGCAGCUCCUGAUCAAGAGGAUUGUCCUGAAGAUCCCUGCCAAGCGGCACAAGCAGCUCAAGAACAAGCUGGAGAAGAACGAGGAGGUGGCCCUCCUGACCUGGGAGGUCUACCUGAAGGAGAACUACCUGCAGAACCAGCAGUUCCAGCACAAACAGUGGCCAGAGCAGAAGAUCCAGGACAUCAGUGAGAAAGUGGACACUAUGGUGGGUCUGCUGGACAUGGACCGUGUGAAGAGGUCAGGCUCCAUGGAACAGAGGCUGGCCUCCUUGGAGGAACAGGUGGCUCAGACGGCCAGAGCUUUGCAUUGGAUCGUGACAGCCCUGAAGGACAGUGGCUUUGGCUCAGGGGCAGGCGUGCUGACCCUGGCACCCCAGAAGGCCUUCGAUGAGCCGGAUGCCGAGCUGAGUAUCAGGAGGAAAGCAGAGGAGCCAGGAGAUGGCUACCACGUGAACGCCCGGCAUCUCCUCUACCCCGAUGCCCGCAUCAUGCGCUUCCCCGUGCCUAAUGAGAAGGUGCCCUGGGAGGCGGAGUUUCUGAUCUAUGACCCUCCAUUUUACACCGCCGAGAAGAAGGACGUGGCUCUCACAGACCCUGUGGGAGACAUGGCAGAACCUCUGUCUAAGAUCAGUUACAACAUCGUGGAUGGAAUGACAGACCGUCGAAGCUUCCACGGAGCCUAUGUGGUCCAGUACGGGCUCCCCUUGAACCCCAUGGGCCGAACGGGGUUGCGUGGACGCGGGAGCCUCAGCUGGUUUGGGCCCAACCAUACCCUGCAGCCGGUGGUUACUCGGUGGAAGAGGAACCAGGGUGGAGCCAUCUGCCGGAAGAGUGUCAGGAAGAUGCUGGAGGUGCUGGUGAUGAAGCUGCCUCACUCAGAGCACUGGGCACUGCCAGGGGGCUCUCGGGAGCCAGGGGAGAUGCUGCCCCGGAAGCUGAAACGGGUCCUCCGGCAAGAGUUCUGGGUGGCCUUUGAGACCUUGUUGAUGCAGGGUACAGAGGUGUACAAAGGGUACGUGGAUGACCCACGGAACACAGACAAUGCUUGGAUCGAGACGGUGGCUGUCAGCAUCCAUUUCCAGGGCCAGAAUGAUGUGGAGCUCAAGAGGCUAGAAGAGAACCUGCACACCCAUGAUCCAAAGGAGUCGGCCAGUGUCCUGGGGAUGUCUACCGAGUGGCAGGUGGUGGAUCGGCGCAUCCCCCUCUAUGCAAACCACAAGACCAUCCUCCAGAAGGUGGCCUCGCUGUUUGGAGCUCACUUCUGACUGCGGGUUCUGGCGGAAGCUCCAGGGGCAGGGAUGGCCAUCUACCAAUGGCCCCCAGGACUUGGGCUGCUUAGUUUAGGGCCGGGUGGCAGGUUGUGGGGUGGGGUUGGGUGACCACCGGGAUCUGAACAGGUCCCCGGAGAUGCUGUCCUGAGAGCCACCUCUGCCACAACAGGGGGGUUACAGCAGCCUCUGUUCUCAGGGACCAUGCCUUGACUGGGGCUAAAUGGGGCCCUGUCCAGUGAGAUGCUGCCACUACCUGUAAAGCCUGGCUGGAAGUGCUACCUCUGGGACAGGCGCUAUCCCCUGGAGGGGCCUCUGUCUUCACUGUGGGAGCCUUCUGCCCUAAGCAGACCAUAGAUAGAGGCUGGGCCUCCUUCAGGAAGGGGCAUUGUCCUCAUGACUCCCAGCCAGUGCUGGGUCACAGGCGUUGGGAAAGGCAGUGAGGGCUUUGAGGUAGGACCAUUCUCAUCCCUACACUUCAGAAGGCACACAGGCAGGGGCGUCCCCACCCCCAGCUCCAGCUGACCUCAGGGCACAGAAAGUACUGGAAGAAGACAGUGGCAGUCACUAUGUCAUGGCCUCUAGGGGAAUGCACCAUUGAGAAUGAGAGGCUUUCUCUGACAGGGUAGGUGACUCAGGGGUUGGUACUGGCAAUGAGAUCAGCACUGGAGCCAGGGAGGGGUGGGCAAAGCUCGGCUUUAAUGCGAUGGGACAAUAAAGAACUGAUAUGACCAGUCUAUCCAAAA